AACCUGGAGACCACUGCCUUCCGACAGGAUCCCCAUAUCGACGCCGCGCUUAGCACGGACGCCCGAUCCACAUGCGCGCACGCAGGUUGGAGCUCCCAGCGACGGCAGUUUCAACCACCCGGCCUCCAAGUUGCUGGAUUACAGGCGCACGCCGCUACGCCCAGCCGCUCGCUAACCCCAGCUCUUUGCACUUACGCGCUCCUCUCGCAACUUUUCUCACUCUCAGCCCCAACUACUCACUUGCUUUCAGUAACAUCUUACUACCUUCCAUCUUCACUCGCCAUCUGCAUUCCACCUUCUUGCCAUCGACCGUUCUCGCUCUCACCCUUUCUUCCUACCACUUUAGUCGUGCUGACGUAUGCACAUUUCACCUCUGCUUUUUAUCAAACGAAUAAGUAG